AUGAGGUCGCAUCUGGAGCACCUCUCCAACAUCUCGCCCAUCACCUCUCUCGCCUUUCUCGACACCAAGUCUUCUCCACCGCUCCUCCUUGCCGGCGAAGGCCCGUUCGUUAAGGUAGUUUCUACAGGUCCAUCAGGUAUUUUAAAAUCCUUGGGGCCGGUCCGUGUCUUUACGCGCGAACGAGUUCAUGGCAUCACUCUCACCCACGAUGAAUCACACGUUCUUUUCUGGGGUGGUCGUAGCAUCUUCACCACCUCUGUCUCCUCUCUGCUCUCACCAGGUCCGAAGCUAGAUGAGAUAAAAGCCCAGGAUUGGAUAUUCCAUGCAGUCUUUCUUCCCACAACUAAUGGGAGUAUCAAAAUUGUUGCGAUCACAGCUCACAACUCGCUCCUCCUCUACACCCCCGAGUCAGGGUGGGCCGAACUUGCAUCCGGAGAGCGGUGCAUGCUUUACUCGGCUCACCUCUUACACCUUCCUGCCAACUCGAGGAGCGGAGAGUCGGAAAGGAUACUAAUUGCAGCCGGAACUGUAUUUGGGGAGAUCCUCUUGUGGUCAACUGUGCUAAACCCCAUCAACCAGAAGUGCUCCGCCGAACUGCAUUAUCGACUGCUCGGUCAUGAAGGUUCUAUCUUUGGUGUCAACAUCUCGCCUCUGUAUUCCGAGAGACGUUAUCUUGCAUCUUGCAGCGAUGAUCGUACAGUUCGUGUCUGGGAUGUUUCCAAUCUGUCUGUUUCAGGCACCCCCGAAGAUGUGAGAGAUGGCACGCUUAAAAAUACUGGAUUUGGCCAUAUCUCGUCCACAAAAGGCGGUGAAUGCGUCUCCCUAGGCUGGGGUCAUACCGCACGUAUUUGGGGUGUCCGCUUUCUUCCAGAUCUCACAGAAAAUGGGCAAAUUAGGAUCGUCUCUAUUUCCGAAGACUUAACAUCUAAAUUUUGGGUCUUUAACCCCUCAAGCACUAGAGUCCCUACCGGGAAGAAUCCUGCAGUAGAGCUAAUAAAUACAGCGACAUAUCUUCUACAUAGCGGAAAACAUAUUUGGUCCUAUGAUCUUCACUUUGAGCGUGGUCUCCUUGCGACUGGGGGAGCAGAUGGGAGGGUAGGAUUAGUUGAAUACAAUCCCAUUAAAGGAAAGGAGGAAGAGGAAUGGGAUAUGGGGACUGUUCUUUCGAAUAUUGGCACGAAUCAGUUGAAAGGAUCUAAGGAUACAUUCAAAUCUUACGCCGUGUUGGACUCAAACCGCUUUCUUGUCACCACCUCACAAGGGAGGCUAUUGACCUAUAAUCUAUCUACAAAAGCAUGGACGCUUAUCACACAAUGUGAGAGCUUAAGUAGUUGGAGCCUUGUAGCAUCCUGGGAGGAUGAAGGAAUGGUAGCGCUUGGAAAUGGCAGGGGAGAGGUGGGAGUGUGCUAUGUUGAUAGAAAUGGAGAGGUGGAGUGGUGGCAGGCCGGCGGGGAAGAGGAACGCGGGAAGGUCGGUGGUAUUUGGACUAGCAUAGGACCCGGAGGAGAAAACUCUGGGAAAACUUAUAACAUCCUUACAACCACCCUCUCCACGACUAUUUUCACCCUUCACACAUUCACUCGCGUUCUCAAUACUACCACUCAUUCACCCCCUCUCCAGCUCAUUUCCCCCGUUGAGGAAAACACCAAGAGAUUUCUUCCAACCUCUCUCUACAUAUCCCACACAAAUACAACCCCUCUUAUAUUUCUUGGUUCCCGAAAUGGCGCACUUGCUGUCUACUGCCGUACCACUGCUGCCCUUCUAGGAGUAUAUCACAAUAUCCACUCUAGUGACGCAAUCACCUCCAUCACACCCUAUCCUUCUCCCACAUCAAGUCUCUCAAAUUCCUCCGUAAGUAUACAGACCGUUGGCCGCAACGGUGGACUCGCAAUUCAUACCUUUGCUCUUUCCCCAGAGCCCUCACUAUCAACAAUCCACUCUACGGCACCAACAAAUUGUAAUGUUAUUGAAGGCGCUUCAUCUUCCUCUCAUAAACACAUUUGGGGCUUCCGUGGCAAGAACUUCUUUGUGCACGACGAAGGAAAGGGUGUUGAUAUUGCUGUUGUAGAAUGCGGGGGCGCACACCGCGCUUGGUGCCUGUAUUGGAAGGAAAGCACAGGCUGGUUGGUUUGGACUAAGGCUUCAAAGGUUCAUAUUGCCCCACUCCCGCUGUACCCCCAGCGUCCUCUGACACUGGGACUUCAUGGACGGGAAAUCAAGUCUAUUGCGUUUGCGCCUUCUACGGGCCUCCUGGCUACUGGUGCAGAGGAUACGCUUAUCCGCAUUAGUUCCGUCAACACCAUUACUGGGAGCGUAGAAGGUAUUGCAGUUGUAAAGUGGCACACAACGGGUGUUCAGCAGCUUGUAUGGAGUGAGUGUGGGGGAUGGCUCUUCUCUAGUGGUGGGGUUGAAGAGCUCGCGGUCUGGAGAGUCAGGGAUGGCGGCGUAGUAAGGGAGGCGAAAGGGCCUUGCGUAGACGGAGAUCUGAGGAUCCUGGGCCUUGGGGUUAUAGAUGUCCAUGGAAAGGAUGAUCAAAAGGUCGGGUUUGUGGUGGGCGCGGGAUUGAGUGAUAGUAGUAUCAAGGUUUACUACUACUCACUCGCCUCGCGCUCAUUCACUCUCUUGUCGCAGGGUCGGUACAAGACUAAUUGUAUCCUCCAAACUACCUUCACUGUACACCAUAGCACUGGCAAGGUCCAUCUUUUUAUUGCCGCCACAGAUGGGUAUGUCACUGUCUACGAUCUUUCGUCACUCUUGCAGUCUUUUGGGUUCAGCAUUUCCCGCGGAGGACUAUUGCUGCAGGAGAGUAUAGGGCGGGUAGAGAUGGUGAAACUUCCAGAGAUACUGUUGACGAAACGAGUUCACCAGAGUGGUGUCAAGGCCUUUGAAGCUCUUGUUGGUGAGGCUGGGGACGUAGUAGUUUAUACCGGAGGCGACGAUUGUGCGUUAGGGAUUACGAGGGUUAGGUUUAGCGGAGAAGAAGGCGCGCGGGCUGAGACCUUCAUGGUGCCAAGGGCACAUGCCUCUGCUGUUACGGCUAUAGUGGUUAUGGGGUCGAGGGUAGUGAGUUCUGCGGUUAGUCAGGAGGUUAAGGUGUGGGAUAUGGAGAUGACUGGAGAUGCCGUAAAAGUGAGGUUGUUGGAAGAGGGAUAUUCAUGUGUUGCUGAUGCGGUAGGGGCUGUAGGUGUAGAGGGUAGAGAAGGAGAAGACGGAUGGGUAAUUGUGGGAGGUGUUGGAGUUGACUUCUGGAAGGUUAGAUGA